UAGUUAUUUUCCUUUGAUUGAUAAGAGCGGUUCGUCGACUGCUGUGUACAGAAACAGACGCCAGUUCAUACGGCAAGUGUUUGCCACGGUUCUACGCAUAGGUAUUCGGCGUAAAAUACUGCGGAUUCGUUUGUUAUAAAGUUCGUAAUUAUUGUGAACAAAAAAAAGUUACUAACAUGCGUGUAGCAGUAGUGGGUGCUGGUGUUAUCGGAAUCACCACGGCUGUGGCUGUAAAGGAGGCUUUUCCGUCUGUGGAACUGACAGUUUUUUCGGAGAAUUUCUCGCCAGAGACGACGGGCGAUGGCAGCGCGGGCUUUUGGACACCUUUCUUUAUCGCCGAUACGGAUGAAAAAAAAUUACAUCAAUGGUCUCUUGUGACGCAUAAAUGGAUGGAAGGUUUUUGGAAAAGUGAGUUAGCUUCGGAUGUUGGAGUUUCCUUGAUACCAGUUUAUCGUGUAAGUUCGGAUGCUGGCGAUGUUCGAACGCCGAUUUGGGCUGAUGUUGUCUACGGUAAUUUUGAGCUUAACCAGAAACAGUUGGACCGAUUAAGUGAGAUAAAGAAAAAAAAUUAUGCUGCUGGCCAUCACUAUUUAACGUACACUUGCGAGCCAACGAAACUCCUACCAUUUUUAAUGAAGAAAUUGAGAUCGAUGGAUGUAAGGAUAGUUAAAACGAAAAUUAAGGAUUUGAAAAAAUUGAAGGACGAUGGGUUUGAUAUAGUAAUCAAUUGUACUGGUAUUGGCUCACGUGAAUUGUGCUCUGAUAAAUCAGUUGUUCCAGUUCGAGGCCAAGUUAUAAGAAUGAAAGCUCCUUGGAUGUUUGAAACUUUUACAGAGGAAGACUGCGAUGGAAAUUAUGUUAUUCCAAACAUGGAGUCCGUGGUAUUAGGUGGUACACAUCAAGAAAACGAUUUUAACAUAUCUGUGUGCCCAAAUGAUUCGAAGUUCAUUUUGGAUGGAUGCAAGCGUUUGUAUCCAUCUCUUCAUAAUGGAAAAGUUUUGAAAAAAUGGGUAGGACUUCGACCUGGAAGAAACCAAAUUCGUUUAGAACCAGAAAUAGUUCGUACUGAUAAAGGGCAAAACUUGACGAUAAUUCAUAAUUACGGACAUGGAGGAAGCGGAGUGACGUUAAGCUGGGGUUGUGCUAUGGAUGUUGUAGAUAUUUUACGUCAGCAGUUAAAGGCAAAGAACUUAUCAAAACUGUAAUCUACUUUUUUUACGAAGAGUAAAAACUGUAUUUAUAAUAAUGUUAUUUACAAAGUUGAUUAAAAAUAAUAUAAAUAUAAAUUAUACAAUGUUGUGACAUUAUUACAUAUAAAAUCUUUUCUAUAUCUACACUUAUUAUAGCAAAACUACAUAAAAAUGUA